AUCGGUUGCUGUUUCUUGUGCUCAAAUCACAUCCAAGUUCAAUUCCUUGCCCUAAUUCAGCGAACUUGAAGAUUCUCCUGCAAUCAAAGCACUUGGCUCCCUCUUUAAGCUCACUCAAGUCCACUUCUGGGUCGAUCUUGCUUCGGGGAUACCGUAUGGUUCAACUUCUCUGGAGUGCACUGUCUAGAAGGCCAGUGGCUGGACAAGAACACCCAUCUGUGCUCCCUAUAUUAGAUGCACUUGGACUUAAUGAGUACUAAACUUGCAUAAUAAAAAACUAAAGAAUAUUUGGAUUAUCAACUCCAUGAUCCAAACACAAUUCAACACCAAAGUCCAAAAAUGCACCAGAGAAGAUUGAAGUGGUUGGAUAGAUCAUGUAUGAUGCUGCGAUGUUUCAGCUUUCUUUUCUCUUCUUGAUAUUAUCCUCACAUACAGUUUUGUGAUGCAGAAAACACUAAAGGAUGAUGUCAGCCAGAAAGAUAGUUGUUCUUUACCUGUUGAUACCCAAUUGUCUAGGCAGAUGGAUGAACUUGGACUUCCUCUUUCGUUCUGCACAAACAAGGAGAAGCGGAAUGGAAAGGUCAGAGGAAAGAGGAAAGAUGCCCAGAAGAAAGUUUUGCAUACCCAUGAAGAAGCCACAGAUGAAGUCUCUGAUACAAUUCAAGUGAGCACGAGUGAGAUUGCAUCUCCUGCCAUUGUCCAUGAUAAUUUGAGCAGUUUAUCAUAUUCUAUGUCGAUGCUGGGCCAUAGUGAAUCAUCAUACUGUGGCAUAGCAGUUGGUGAUGGUGAGUUGCAAGCAUGUUGUGGAGAAGGGGAAUGCUCAACAACUGUAACUGAUGCUGUUUGUCUUAGUCAUGAUGUGAAACAUAGUUCUGGUGAUCAAAUGUCCAAGGUUCAGUUAUCUUAUGACCAAGGCUCUGUAAAUAGUACUGUUCUCAUAAGUGAUGACAUGCAACUGGAAGCUACUCCUGAACAUGUAGACCAUGGAACUCUUAGUGACAUACACGCUGUUAAUGAUAACAGGGAACAUUCAAAGAAUGGGUCAUUAGAAGAGAGAUUGGGAGAUCCUUUGGUGGCUAUUCAGAGGUCUGAAGCUCAGGAGUUCUGCAGUAAAGUAAAUUUUGAGAGGCCUCAGGAAUCUGAUGUGGUUUUACAUUCUGCUUUCACUAAUAACUGUGAUGCAGUUCAUAGUGGAAAUAAUGAUGAAAUUGGAGAUUGGAUGACCUAUUGGGAUCAAUACUACGAAAGAAAUUACUAUUACAAUAGUAGAACUCAGGAGUCGACAUGGGAACCGCCUGCAGGCAUGGAACACCUAGAUUUUGUUUAUGUAUCAAAUGAGUCAAACGAGAUGCUUCUUACUUCAUCUGAAAUGGAUAACAACGCUGAUGCUAAUAGAAGUUAUAGCAAAGAGCAAAAUUUGGGUGUUCUGCAACAUGAUAUUGCUUUAUCUGAUGAAUUGAGCAGUGAUGUUACUUCAGGGAAGCUCCAUGAUGAAUACCGCAUAGGGCUUGAGCUUGCUGUUAACAGUUUUGACAACGUUACUACUACAUCCAUCGUAAGUAGCUCUGACGUACAUCCAAAUGAACCCCUUGAGGUGAAUCGAAGUUCAGAGGGAAGCUCUUUAUUUGACUCACCAGAUAUGCUGCAUUCGCCAAGCAGGCCACCAACUACUUUAUCUCAUGAUGCAUGCGAUGGGCUUUCGACUUGUAAAGAGCAUGGUGGAAAUAUGUAUUUCUUGCCAGAGAAGUUGGAUAUGGAGCUUGAUGCUGUCCCCAGCAAAAGAAAAAAGAAAGUGAAACGGACAAGGGCACGCAGGAGAUUAUCUGCUGACAAUAAAGAGCUUCCGUUCGAGGUGUUAAUGGAUGAGUUUUCUCCAAUUAUUAGCAAGUAUUGGCAUCAAAGAUACAUACUUUUCUCUAAAUAUGACAAGGGUAUGCAAAUGGAUGAAGAAGGUUGGUUUUCUGUGACUCCAGAGUGCAUUGCAAAGCAUCACGCUUUCCGUUGUGGCAGUGGCGUCAUUGCUGACUGUUUUACUGGAGUUGGUGGGAAUGCCAUCCAAUUUGCAUUCAGAAGCGCCCACAUUAUCGCAAUCGAUAUUGAUCCAAAGAAGAUCGAGUAUGCACAACAUAAUGCAACCAUUUAUGGAGUCGAAGAUCUCAUAGAAUUCAUAAGAGGCGACUGCUUCAAUUUGGCCCAAAAGUUGAAGGCAGAUACUGUCUUCUUGUCUCCACCAUGGGGAGGACCUGAAUAUGCUAAAGCAAUAAACUUUGACAUCAAUACCAUGCUCAAGCCACAUGAUGGGCAAUUUCUCUUCAAUGUGGCAAAAGGAAUAGCUCCAAGAAUUGUAAUGUUUCUCCCAAGAAAUGUUGACAUCAACCAACUAGCGGAGCUGUCUCUUUCUGUUAAUCCUCCAUGGACACUUGAGGUGGAGAAGAACUUUCUAAAUGGAAAGUUGAAGGCCAUCACCGCCUACUUCAGCGAUCCAUCAGUAAAAACGAGCUCAGAUUCAUGACAAGAAGACCAUGUUGUGAUCGUGGGUGAUAAUGAUAACAAAUAUUUAGCGAAUUGAUAUUUUCUUGUAUGAUACAUGAACCACAAUGUUCAAACAUAUGUAUAUAUAGAGUGAGUGUGUGUUUAGUUAA